CCGAAAGUUGUGUUGAGGCUCACUGAAGUGGAAUCCAUCACUCAUCUCCAGUUUGUUCCCCAGAGUCUCACGAGGGAUCAACUACUUGGCCGCACAAAUACAAGCUCCUGUUCUCUUUGCUACAGGCUGCGUCCCUUAUGGUAGCAAUGGUCUCCAGCGGAGCCGGCAGUGUACAGUUCCAAGGACGCCAGAUCCUCGAAUCACCACCACCACCUUCACCAAGGGCAGUGUCAGACAAUACUACAGUCGCAGCAACUACUUCCUCCCCGCCAAUCUCAUCCUCGCCGUCUCCGACAUUCCCAGGUCCUAUCCCCCAAUCCCCUCCCAGCACACAAGAAACCCAGAGAUCAUCAUCAUCCUCAGGGCCGCCGAUCCAGUUUGCGAUCGGCAUCGGUGUCGGUGUCGGCCUGCUUGUCCUGAUUGCGUCCUCCAUCGCACUGUUCUACCACUUGCGCGCGCGCAAGCGGGCGAGGCAGGCCGUCCGGCAUCCGGGCAUUUUCAAGCACGCCGGCGCCCAUGCCGACGACGCCAGUGAUGCAGAGCACUUGGGGGCGGAUUUCCCGCCAUCAUCACGCCAUGGCAGGCAACAACAACAGAAACAGGACCGCCGCCUGAGGGCCCUAGCUCUCGUGAGCAAAGUCACCAGGAAAGACAACAACAACAAUACCACCACCAGCAAUAGCAAUAGCAGCAGCAACAUCCGUGCUUCCCCAAGCAUGACCUGGCCGCGGGCGAUGCAGGGUCAAACCGAGACGAAGAAGAAGCCCCGCUACUAUGGCUCGGGGGACUACGAGCACUGGUCCCCGCGGCAGCUCGAUCGGCACCAGCAGAUCUAUCACGCGGUGUCCCGGCUGGGCGGCGGCGGCGGCGAUGCAACCACGGGUGUCGUCGCUGGGGCUAAACCUGGGAUUGGUGGCAGGGACCGCAGUGGGUGGGAGAGACUAGAUGGCGAACCUUGAGCUCUUCUUUCAAGUAUUACCCUGCUGACAGAGGGCAGAGGGAAGUGGUGGAUCAGACAUCUACAAAAUCGCACAGUUGUUAUCAAGUUCGUGACGUGUUUUUCCCCUUGGACUCGUGACUUUGCGUCUGCUCUGGGUACCAAGGUGAACGGCUCCAUGCUUUGAGAAAGUUAUCAAAAGUUACAGUCUACGGACGUUGUGCCGCGCAAUCCUGACUUUUCGCCUCCGUGAGAGGAAGUUUUACGCACGACUCAAGGCAGAUGAGAGCACAGAUCUGGGGAGAGGGGAAUUGAAGCUAUUGUAGACUCAGCCUACCUUUCUCUGUGCCCCCCCUCCCGGCGCAAAACAGUCAUUUUCACAAAAGCCAGACAGAUUUAAAAGUUUGAUAACGUGACUUGUAUUAU